UCUCUCUCUCUCUCUCUCUCUCUCUCUCUCUCUCUCUCUCUCUCUCUCUGCGUGUGUAUAUAUAGAAGACAUCAGAGGAGCAUGAUCAGCAACUACUGGCUCCUUAUCAACUCCUUGAAUGGCCAUCUAGAAGGCUACUAGCUAGCUGCAUCAAGAGCAUACGCACAUAUAUACAUCGGACAUAGAUCGAACUCCUGAUCUAUCCUGCAGCUGGCAAGUAGAAAGAUCGACCAUGGUGGCCAAGGUGAAGAGAGACGGAGAAGUGCUCGUCGCCGCCGCCACCGGAGACAGCGAAGAGCAAGACGACUUGGUGCUCCCGGGGUUCCGGUUCCACCCGACCGACGAGGAGCUCGUCACGUUCUACCUCCGCCGGAAGGUGGCGAGGAAGCCUCUCAGCAUGGAGAUCAUCAAGGAGAUGGACAUCUACAAGCACGACCCGUGGGACCUCCCUAAGGCGAGCACGGUAGGUGGAGAGAAGGAGUGGUACUUCUUCUGCCUCAGAGGAAGGAAGUACCGGAACAGCAUCAGGCCCAACAGGGUCACCGGCUCCGGCUUCUGGAAGGCCACUGGCAUCGACCGCCCGAUCUACCCUGCCGCGGCCGGCGAGUCCGUCGGGCUCAAGAAGUCCCUCGUGUACUACCGCGGCAGCGCCGGCAAGGGCGCCAAGACCGACUGGAUGAUGCACGAGUUCCGCCUCCCGCCGGCCGCCUCGUCCCCGAGCACGCAAGAAGCUGUAGAGGUGUGGACCAUCUGCAGGAUUUUCAAGAGGAACAUCGCCUACAAGAAGAGGCAGCCGGCGGGCAGCAACGCUCCGCCGCCGCCGCUGGCGGAGUCCAGCUCCAACACGGGGAGCUUCGAGUCCGGCGGCGGCGGCGACGACGGCGAGUACAUGAACUGCCUGCCAGUGCCAGUGCCAGCCACCGCUGCGGUCGUGCCCCGGCAGCAGCAUCGGAUCGGCAGCAUGCUGAACGGCGGAGGUGUCACUGCCAGUGGCAGCAGCUUCUUCAGGGAGGUGGGCGUGCACGGCCAGCAGUUCCAGGGGCACUGGCUGAACCGCUUCGCUGCGCCAGAAAUCGAGCGGAAGCCGCAGCUCCUCGGCUCGUCGGCCAUGACCAUUGCGUUCCAUCAGAACGAUCAGACCGCCGCCACGAAUGAGUGCUACAAGGACGGGCACUGGGACGAGAUCGCAAGGUUCAUGGAGGUCAAUGAUCCGACAGUACUUUACGACUGUAGAUACGCUUGAUCGAUAGGAAGUUCAGAGAAGGGCGCAUGAGAGACGACUGGCAUGCAGGGCCUGCUCCAGUGAGGCCGCUAGUCAGUUAGAUUUUGCUGGCAAUGCGCCCCCCAAAACCACCAGCCUUUUGUGUUUAUUUUCCUGAUCGGAUGUAUACAGGAUGUGCUGUGAACCUGUCACCAAAAUAAACAUAUGUUUCAGCCAUGAAUCAGGACUUUUUUGA